GCGACGUUGAGACUCUCCUCUGGAAACCAGCGACCGUAGGGAGAAAAGUUAGUCAAGAUGGCAAAACACACCAACCCGGAGGAAAGGGGGACCGCUCCCCACGCAUUUUGAAAACUGACGCGUCCUUCUCGCGUGCAGCACCUCCGAUGCAACUGUGCCUAAAUAUUAAAAGGUGUUCCCUGUGGAGAAUGCCAUCAACAGUAGACCUACAGUGACACUCUACACAGGAGGAGAGCUGAGAGUCAUUGUUCUGUUAGUCCUCACUGCUAGAGGUUGGGAGAACAACCAUCUCAUUCCCACAGUGAGGCCACACCACCAAGCCACUCGUCAUUAACCAAGGAUGAUAAUGUCACACACGAGUGCUCAGUAACCGCUAUCCUCCCACGGCCUCAGAAGCAGAACUGGUCCGACUUCUUCUAAGCAGAUAAAGUGGGGCUUGAAUGCGUUCCCGGAUCCGGCUGUGACGUGAUCUCCGCUCCACAGCACGUUACGGGCAGUAACGUGCCGCCCUCCCCUGCCAGUGCAAUUGAAGGGCUCUCUCUCUCUCUCUCUCUCUCUCUCUCUCUCUCUCUCUCUCUCUCUCUCUCUCUCUCUCUCUCUCUCUCUCUCUCUAACGCCCUCUCCCUGCCAUUGAACCUGUGUGCCAGUCUUCAGUGCUGCCCACCAGACCAUGAUGUUUCGCGACCAGGUGGGCGUCCUGGCCAGCUGGUUCAAGGGCUGGAAUGAGUGCGAGCAGACCGUGGCAUUGUUGUCUCUGCUGAAGCGGGUGAGCCGUACUCAGGCUCGCUUUCUGCAGCUCUGCCUUGAGCAUUCCUUGGCCGAGUGCACCGAGCUGCACGUUCUGGAAGUGGAUGCCAAUAAUCCAGGAGUGAUCAGCCAAUGGCAGGGUGAGUCUAAGGAGCGCCUUAUCUCCCUGGUCCUGAUCCACCUGCCUCUGCUCAAGCCCGGCAACAGCGAGGCCAAGGGCGAGUACAUGCGCCUGCUACCCAAGAUCCUCGCGCACACCAUCGAGUACGGCCGGCACCUGGAGGAGAGCAGGCAGCUGCUGUCCUACGCCCUCAUCCACCCAGCCACCUCCCUGGAGGACCGCGCCGAGCUUGCCCUCUGGCUCAACCACCUGGAGGAGCGCGCCGCCACCCGGUCCGCCUGCGACGCCGUGGAGCGCACCCCACCCUCGCACCCGGGACAGGCGCAGCACCUCUAUGGCCAGCACCAGCGCUACGGUUCCGACGACCGCCUCAAUGGCUGGCAGGGCUCCAGAGACUCUGGCUUGGCUGGCUGGCAUGCGCAGCACGGCUGCGAGAACGGACACCUCCUCCUCUACCCGUCCUCCUCUGUCCCUUCCACCAUAAACACUGUGGGGACGGGCAGCGGGACCAACUCCAUCCUCCCUGGGAGCCAGCACAGUCCCCUGAAGCGCUCUGUAUCGCUAACCCCCCCAAUGAGCGGGCCCUCCAACCAGCCCCUGGGCCACGUCUGGCUGUCCCAGGAGGACCUGCGGGGCCGGCCCCCAGCCACUGACCAUGCCCCGCUCUCGCCGCAGAGCAGCGUGGCGUCAUCGGGCAGUGGUGGCAGCGAGCACCUGGAGGAUGGCUCAGGGCUGGGCAUGGCCAUCCGCAGCACAUUCCACGACGAGGGGAGCGGCAUGCGAGAUGUGCCAGCGUGGCUGAAGAGUCUACGUCUGCACAAGUAUGCUGCUCUCUUCUCCACCAUGACCUAUGAGGAGAUGAUGUCAUUGACGGAGCAGCACCUGGAGGUGCAGAACGUAACUAAGGGGGCACGACAUAAGAUCAUCAUCAGCAUCCAGAAGCUGAAAGAGCGACAGAACAUGCUGCGAUCUCUGGAGAAGGACGUACUGGAAGGGGGGAAUCUCCGCGCUCCGUUGCAGGAGCUACACCAGAUCAUCCUGACGCCCAUCAAGGCUCACUGCGCAGAGGAAUCCUCACAGCGCCACCUGCUGAGCACAGAGGGGAAGACAGUGCCAGGCUCCCACCUGGGUGGAGAGGCUGAGGGCAGCACGACGCUGGUGUCUGAGGGGGACAUCCCUGGUCAGUUCACACGUGUCAUGGGCAAAGUUUGCACACAGCUCCUCGUCUCACGGCCGGACGAGGAGAACAUCAGUUCUUAUCUUCAGCUCAUCGAUAAAUGCCUGAUCCAUGAGGCUUUCACAGAGACACAGAAGAAGAGAUUGUUGUCAUGGAAACAGCAGGUGCAGAAGCUCUUCCGCUCAUUCCCACGGAAAACUCUCUUGGACAUGGCGGGAUACCGCCAGCAGAGGAGCAGCCGUGGGUUUGGCCAGUCUAACUCCCUUCCCAGUACUGGGUGCGUGGGGGUCUCGACCAGGCGGAACAUGCGCCAAUUCCCCAUGCCUUCUCGCAGUCUCCCUGCAGCUCGCCUGGGGCUCCUGGGGACAGCCGGCCUGCUGGGGCCCACCUCACGCAGCAGCAGCAGCACACCCACCGGCCUGAAGCAGGGUAGACAGGGUUUGUGGUUUGCCAACCCAGGGGGCAGCAACAGCAUGCCCAGCCGCACCCACAGCUCUGUCCAGAGGACACGGUCUCUCCCCGUCCACGCCAACCCACACACCCUGGCCAUGUGCCAGCAGGCAGAUUUGCAGGUUCCCGUGACUGAGCCGGAUAUUAAUAACCGCUUGGAGUCUCUCUGCCUUAGUAUGACUGAACACGCCCUGGGAGAGGGUGUGUUUUCCCACCUGGGCGUGGAGCGGGGCUCGGACAGAGGCGCUCAGUACAGCACCGCAACCUCGCACAAACGCAGCUUUGUGUGAGCGCCGAGCACCGAGGCGGCCGGCGGGCAGCCCCUAUCCGCGGUGAGUUCAGAACCGCCCCAGCCGACUGCCGGCCCAGCUCUCACAGAGCCAGUAGUGUUCCUGUGCCACACCCACUCGGAGCCCCGCCCCCAGCUCCACCAUGCAGCUGUGCCUGUCUGCUCGCUCUUUGUCGUUUGAAUGUGCACAUAUUGCAGAGUCAGACCUGACUGAGUUAGAAGCUAAGGAAGAUGUCACGACUCACCAGAGGAUGUAACGUGGUCUGCCUCACGGAUUUUGGACGCUCGUUCGUUUGCUUGGAAAUAUGAAGGAAACGAGAACAGACGACCCUUUGAUAUUGUUAAUGCUGUACAGAGGGAAUAAAGUCAUUUUUACACUAAUUAUAUGUAAUUAGUGCAGUGGUGAGUUAUUCACUGUUGUAUGUUCUGUGUGUUUCUAGAUGGUGUUGAUAGGACGUCCACUAUCUGAGCGAGAAGAGGACAAGGUACAGGGAGACAGAGCUGGCAGUGGGGUGGGGGGGACAGGUUAUCUUGAGGUCACAAGCCCCCUUCUGUCCUUAAACAUCCUCCACUAGCUUACCCACCAACACACAGCCUAUGAGAGCAUCAAUAAUGGCUAGUGGGUGUGGCUAUACAGGCCCAUUAACCAUUUUCUGAAAGGCUGCUCCAAAGCAGCUUCUAUGAUGACUACUUCAAGGGGUUUUUUUGGGGGGGGGGGCGUUGGUUGUUUUUAGAUUAGGCGUGGACAAAACCUUGGGAGAUGAUGAUAAAUGUUAAUCAAAAUAAAUUUAAAAGAACUAAGGAAGAGGAACUGGUGGUCAAAGGAAUGACCCGAGUGGCAUCCCAACCCUGCACUUCCGUAACAUAGACUCUGGAUAGUUGGAAAUGAAAGUGGAGGGGUGGUCAGGUGGCAGUGACCCCGCCCCCUCCUCCCACCGCAGAAGAAGGAGAGACAUGGAUGGGAGCGCACGGGAGAGUGCGGGAGCAGAGCAUCGGCCAAGCCCUGCUGCCUGGCCAGAGGAUCGGAGCUCCUCCAAGUCGCUAAACUGUGGCGUUUACACACAGCGCUGAUCUUAAGGGUACCAGAGCACUUCAGGAGUAUAGCAGCGUGCAGAAGGGGCUCAACUCCAACAUCGUCACCAAUCGGUUUACACGCUGGCAAUUGAUUUGUUUGUUUGUUUGUUUGUUUUUGUUUUUUCCUGCCCCCCCCCUUGGUUUCUGCGACUCGUGCUAGCUAUGAAGCUGCUUGAGAACACUUGAAGACGAUGUGGCAGGGAGGGGUCAGGGGUCAGAAGAGAAACGAGAAGAGGAAGGAAGGGGAGAGCGGGAGCAGGGAGAGGAAAAGGGAAGAGUGAUGUAAGCGUUGUGGCAUUGGGUGGUGGAUGUAUGCGAAACGCGAUGUAGGUAAAGAGCACAGGAAUGUCGUGAAUGGUCUCUGACGUCAAGGUCAGUGGAUACAGGCAGACCGAAGGACCGGCUACGGCCGGAGUGUUGCUGGAUGUGGGUGCCGUGUUUCAACAAACGUUCUGGGAGAAAGGCCAGCAAAGCAAGUGAAUAUGAAAGCCAGAGCUGAAAAAAUGUGAAGUGGUCUGUGGUCAGAGGGAUUUGGCAUGGGUCCAUGGGAGAUUACUUGUGUAUCGGAUAGCUUGCAGGAGCAGAAAUAUUAGAAGAUAUUGGACACUGGUGCUGUUUGUGACUUUUUGAAUGUUGCCUGUGAAGGUUUUGAAGGGAAGGUGAAUGUGGUGUGAAAAGGCUUAACUGGACCUCCUUAUGUCAGAGCAGAAGUCAUUUAUAGCCGUUGCCUUGUGGUGCAUGUUAUGACAAAAAAAAAAAAAAAAAAGUGCUGGACUGGGAAGUUGCAGAAAUGUGGCAGACAGGGUUUGUUGUACCAUUAGUGAGAACGAUCUUUUUGGUGAAUGGCGCCACCUCGUGGCCAGAUGCUGUAAAAUGCAACUGCAUAUUUUAACUUUUUGUUUGAUCUCUAGACACAGCCUAAGACUAGUACUACAUUCGAGGAUCUUCAGCAGAGAAUGCCCAUAUACAGAAUAAACUAGUCCAAGACUCAGAUUCAUCUAACAUCUGGAAAACCAGCCCUUUGAGCUGCAGUUGAGUGAAAUUAUUUUCUUUUUUUUCUUUCUGUGUUGUCUUAAUAUAAACUGUUAGGUAAUUGUGCCAAGUAUAUAAAUUUGUAGGUUAUACAAUGUGGAAUAAGCUCUUUAGUCUGACAUUAUUCUCUGCCACUUUGUGACUAUUACACUUGAGGACCCUUUCACGCUUGGUUUUAUGCAUGGAAAGGGUUUUUGAUUAGAAAUGUAAAAAGGUGUUUUUGUUUUUUGUUUGUUUUUGUUUUAGUAGAGUUCUUUUUUUUAAAAUCUUUUUGGUCAGUUUGAAGUCCUUAAAUGGGGGUAUAUACUGUUUUGUUGUUUUUUGUUUCAUUAUUUCCUCUUUGUCCUGCACUUGGUGCUGUGAAACCCCAAAAGUAAGUGGUAAUAUGUGCAAUAGACCCUCCUUAGCAGCACGGUUGGCAAGCAGAGCUUCAGCAGUGGGGCACGUGGAGACCUACUCUAGACGGAACACACAUCAUAGAUCUGGAAGCAGCGUUUCUACAGCGACACUAAACCCAUUACCACCCACCGUGGUCCUCUGACCUGUCGUCGAUUUCCAGCAAGCAGCACUGUGGAACACUAGUCACUCACUCAUGGGCUGGUGAUUUCACCUUCAGCCACACCUCAGCCUGUAUCCCGCCCGAAGAUACUAAGACACACAGAGCUGAAGAAGAACGGCAGUCCGUGUAGGUUAAAGAGGCACUCUGCUACUCUUCAUAACAGCGAUACUGCAUUAAUGUCAAAUGAAAAGGGCAAGAGACAGGAACGCAUGGACUGUGUGCCUUUUUAUACACACACACACACACACACACACACACACACACACAGUCGUUGAUCUGUGAAGGCCUUCGACUUGUGCAUGCUAUGUAACAGCCUUUUUAAAAACGCUGCAUUUGAUGAGUAGGCUGAGCAGUGAUUUGGUUAAGCAGGAGUUAUGAGAUUGUUUUACCGACUGGCUUUCAUGACGUGAGGGAGCUUCUCUACGCCGUGGCAGAUUCAGCCCACUGUUCUCCCUUGAGUGACUCACCUGUAACGGAACGGUGACGAAUGUUGUGAAGGACUGUUUGGUGUAGUUCGUAAGCCACUGUGAGACUUCUUGGGUGUUUCCUACACUUGUGUCUCCUUGGAAUGGUGCCUUUGUAUACAUACAGUGUAAAUGCAGCCACUGAACACUGCCAUUUGAACAAAUACUAUUAGCAAAUACAAAAUGGUAUUCGUUUUAUUUAUUCUUUUUUUCUAUUAUUGUGACAGAGGUUGUUGUAUUCAUUAGAUGUAUUAUUUAAGAUACCAUAUGUAUUAACUCGCUAUGGCUGGUAACCAUAAGUACAUAUCAAGUUAUUUUUGUGGGGAGGGUUUUUUGUGUUUUGUUUUUAUCUCAAAACCUUUCUUGUCAUCACUUGAUUUUGUUCUUCCUCUUAUUUUCUUGCUCUGUAAAUGCCUGUUCUGGAAAUCCUGUGUCCAGAUAGCUUGUUGAACAAUGCAGGGUGCGAUGUUUAUGCCUCGAUGUUGAACACUUUGUUCCCUUUUUAAUCGUUGAUUUGAAAGCCAGUUUCUUGGUGGGGUUUCAUUAUUUCUGUUACUCAGAUGCUUUUUCAUUUUUGUUUGCAUCAUGUUCACUUUAACAACCUCAGCGCAUGACCUCAGGCGAUGCUGUAAGAUUCGGGCGGACUGCGUAUUUCCAGGCGCCGGUUGCGGAAGAAGCGGCUGGACGUAGUUUUAAAAUGGCGAGCGGUGGAAACGGAAAGCGGGAUCAUGGUGAGAAUGAGGGCACAUCUUCUAAAUGUGGUCCCUCCAGUCACCAGCAUGCACGCAAGCAAAGACUUCGGAUUUCGUGUUUCUCCUCGCACGCUUCAUGCGACUGCUGCGGCAGGGUUAACGCACAACCGCCGUUUUUCAUAUUCCGAAAUGAAUUGCAUUAAUGAAGCCGUUUUGUUUUUAAGUUUUUUUCUCCUCUUUUUCAACUUGCUUUGUACGUCAUGGUUAUAUUGCAUAAUACUUUUUAUUUUUUAACUCCUACAUCUAUACUGGAUCCUAUACCGCGUUACUGUGUCCUUACGUAAGAUCUUUUUGUUAUUCUCAAGAGCCGAUGUCCUGUAUUGACUGCAGGCUUACAUAUAUAUUAUAUACAUAUAUAUUUUAAAAGAAUAUCAUAUGUUUAAAGGGAAAAAAAACAGAAAAGGAAAUAAAGAAAAAACAAAAAGUAAUUUAUAUUUUAGAAAUGCAUGACAGGCUGGGAAAGCAUAUUUAGAAUAACAAAUGGCAGUGCCUUUUUUUCCAAUGCGGAUAUUUACUCGAAAUGUAAAGGAUUUUCUACGUGUUUAAAGAUGUAGUGGUGAUGGCAAGGCCGGACGCAUCGCCUGUCAAAGUGCUGAACAGCAGUCACAAGCUCUGUAUGAUUUUAGAAAUGUUCUGGGUUUGUGCAGGGGGAAAAAGGAGCAUGUCCUCUUCUUGCUGUUGUCUGUUCAGUACUCUAGGUACUUUCAGUGCUGAUAUGAAGUCAUGAUGAACUUGUCUGUAGAACAAACAGGUGUGUGUGUGUGUGGGGGUGUGUGUGUGUGUGUGCGCGCUUGUUUGUAAGAGAAAUGAAGUGGAAUGUCAUGUAAUUUUGUACAGGUCUCAUUUCAGAAAAUGCUGCAACUUGACAAACUUCAUCAGAGGUUUUUUUUUUCUUCUUUUCUUUAAUUCUUUUUCCUGUGAGAAGUACGUCAAAAAUCACAGUUCUAAUAUAGCCCUGAAGAAGGAGACGCGGGGGACCUCUACAAAUCAACUUCAUUAAAGAAGUUUGCCUCUGAAACUGUCUUCAGUCAAAAGAAGAACUUGUUGAAUUUGAAUCCAGCGUGAGCCUAACUGGUGUGGCUGGCUAAUGAUUUCAGUAGGGCCGUGUGUGUGUGUGUGUGUGUGUGUGUGUGUGUGUGUGUGUGUGUGUGUGUGUGUGUGUGUGUGUGUGUGUGUGUGUGUGUGUACGUACAUGUUGAGAUGGGACAUACAAUGUGUACUGUAUGCAUGAGCUUUUUUUUCUGUCAAGAGAAUGUUUGUUGUUUAUUUUGUGGAGUCUGUGUUCAAUGCUUGACAUCUUUGUAAUAACCACAGACAAGAAGUAUUAAAGAAUAACUUUUCAAAAAGGA